GUCUCGUUCGACUUUUGCAGCUUAGUCAAAGAUGCCGCACUCCUUUGGUUACCGCGCUCGCACGCGCGACAUGUUCGCCCGCCCGUUCCGUCAGAGCGGCAUGAUCAAGAUGUCGACGUACCUGCGUACGUUCAAGGUCGGCGACUACGUUGACAUUAAGGCCAACGGUGCCGUGCAGAAGGGUAUGCCCCACAAGUUCUACCACGGCCGUACCGGCCGCGUGUACAACGUGACCAAGCGUGCCGUCGGUGUGCGUGUGAACAAGAUUGUGGGCAACCGCAUCAUCCACAAGCACAUCAACGUGCGCAUUGAGCACGUGCACCAGUCGAAGUGCCGUCUGGGCUUCCUCACGCGCGUUAAGGAGAACGAGCUGAAGAAGAAAGAGGCUCGUGCCACUGGCGUCCGCGCUCAGAUUAAGCGUACCCCCGGACAGCCUAAGGCCGCCUACACCCUGAAGGCCAAGGGCACCAAGCCUAUCACCAUGGCUGCGCAGCCGUUCGUGGACCUCAUGUAAGUGGCUUUUGGUGCAGCUAACACCAUUGCUACAAACGAACUGUUGGGAUCUUGCGCAUGGCCUGAAGUAAGUCGCUCCGUGCACGUCGUAACCCCAACGAGCUGGGCUAAAUGAAAGAACGAGUCAAAUCCACGGCGCCCUCUGCUC